AUGCGUCAACGUCUGACGCGCCAGGCUCUCGCGACACCGGGGCUGCGCUUUGCAGACGGCCACGGUCUUCGCGGUCCAUCCGGAAAGGGCCGUGAGACUCGCAAGAUGAACUUGCAUCAGGCGGUGCGCGACGCUAUCCGCACGGAGCUUGCCGCCAACCCCCGAUCCUUUGUGUUCGGAGAAGACGUCAAGGCGCACGGUGUUUUCCGCUGCACGCAGGGCCUUGCUGACGAGUUUGGCGAGAAGCGUGUGUUCAACACUCCCCUCACCGAGCAGGGUAUCGCUGGCUUUGGCAUUGGUUUGGCCAGUGUCGGUGCUACUGCCAUCGCCGAGAUCCAGUUCGGUGACUACAUCUUCCCGGCUUUCGACCAGCUCGUCAACGAGGCUGCCAAGCAGCGCUACGCUUCUGGCGGCAACUACCCUCUCCAAGGUGGUUCGUUCACCGUCCGCUCCCCCGUCAUGAGUGUCGGGCACGGUGGUCUGUACCACUCGCAGAGUCCUGAGGGCUUCUUCCUUGGUGCCCACGGUCUCAAGGUCGCCGUUGUGCGCUCCCCAAUCCAGGCCAAGGGUGUGCUUCUGGCCGCGUUCCGCGACCCCAACCCCACAAUCGUCUUCGAGCCCAAGGUCCUGUACCGUGCGGCUAUCGAGGAGGUUCCCGUGGACGACUUCACUCUUCCUCUUGGCACCACCGACACGAUUCUCGAGGGCACGGAUUUGACUGUCGUCUCGUACGGUACCCCACUGUACACGACGCUCCGGGCGAUCCAGCUCCUCCGCAACCCCCCGCCCCAGCUGGUGCAGUUCCUGCCCGAGCGUCUCCGCCCGCCUAACCCGGCUCCUUCAAUCCAGCUCAUCGACCUCCGCGCGAUCAACCCGCUGCCGCUCGGCGAGCUUACCGAGGCCGUCAAGAAGACGGGCCGCAUGGUCGUUGUUCACGAGGCCGGCAAGAGCGGCAGUGUUGGCAACAAUGUCGCCGGCGAAGUCUCGCGCCGCGCUUUCGACUACCUCGAGGCGCCUGUCGGCCUCGUCAGCGGGUGGGAUGUGCCCGUGCCCCUCGCCUACGAGAAGUUCUACCAGCCAGACGUCAUCCGUGUGUUCGACAAGAUGGUCGAGACUCUCAACUACUAG